UUUUCAUCUAACUGGUUUGAAAAGCUCAGCUGACUUUAGCUGUCCUGCAUUGUACGAUGAAUGCAGUAUAUAGCUGCGGGGCGUUGCUCUUGCUCGUCCUCCUUCCCUGCAGUUGUGAGGGUGGCAACAUCUUGGUCUUUCCUACUGAAGGAAGCCACUGGAUAAACAUGGAAAUCCUUCUGCAAGCUCUUCACUCCAAAGGACACAAUGUCACUAUUUUAUAUCCCAGCAAAAGCUGGUACAUCAAGGAGAACUCCAUACAUUAUAGCACAAUAUCAGUCCCACUGGAAAAGAGCCUAAUAGAUAAGGAGUUUUUAAAAAAAAUCUUUAAUGAGUUCAUCAAAUUUGAGCGGGGGGACUUAUCUUUCAUCAGUUUUCUCUACAUCAAUCUAGGCAUUCUUGACAAAAUUAUUGAAAUUCACACUUCUAUUAGCGCAUUUGUUUCAACCCUGCUGGAUGACACAGAGCUGAUGAGGAAAUUAAAUGAGACCAAGUUUGAUCUGGUUCUAACUGACCCAUGCUGGGGUAAUGGAGCUAUUUUGGCCAAAUAUAUGAACCUCCCUUUAGUUUAUAAUGUUCGCUGGUUAAUGCCAGAAGAAGCUCAUUUUGCCAUUGCUCCUUCCCCCUUAUCCUACAUUCCAACCACAGGAUCUGGCAACACUGAUAUAAUGACAUUUUUUCAGAGAGUUAAAAACACCAUUCUUCAUUUAAUGACAUAUAUGCAAAGCAGGCAGAUCAUUAAGGGAGUAUACCAGCCCCUUUGUGAAAAAUACCUCGGACCUGAUUGUGACUUUGAUAUGAUAAGGAAUGAUGCUGAUAUUUGGCUGAUGAGAAGCGACUUUGUGUUCGAUUACACUCGUCCCACAAUGCCUAAUGUUGUCUACAUGGGAGGGUUCCACUGUAAACCUGCAGAGCCACUUCCUGACUAUAUGGAGGAGUUUGUGCAGAGUUCUGGAGAUCAUGGAGUCAUAAUUAUGUCCCUCUCAACAUUCGUGGAAGAACUUCCAGAAGAUCUGGUAAAUGAGAUUGCUGCAGCUUUUUCUAAGCUCCCACAGAAAGUCAUCUGGAGCUAUAAAGGCACCAAACCGUCCACUCUGGGUAACAACACUUUAGUUGUCGACUGGAUGCCACAAAAAGACCUCUUAGGACAUCCUAAAGUAAAGCUUUUUGUGGCUCAUGGAGGAACAAAUGGAGUCCAGGAGGCGCUGUGUCAUGGAGUUCCAUUGGUGGGUUUCCCAAUGGUUUUUGAUCAAUAUGACAAUCUGCUCCGCCUGGAAGUAAAAGGAGCGGCUAAAAUUCUUACGCUGAGUACAGUAGAUAAAGAUGACAACUUCCUGAAAGCGAUACAGGAAGUCCUGAAUGAACCUUCCUACAGGCUGAACAUGCAGAGACUCUCCAGGCUGCACAGAGAUCAGCCGAUGAAGCCCAUUGAAACCGCCAUCUUCUGGAUGGAGUUUGUAAUGAGACACAAAGGUGCUGCUCACCUGAAAGCUCAAUCCUACAGAAUGCCCUGGUAUAUCUACCACUCUGUAGACGUAGUCCUCUUCCUGUCAGCAGCAGUGCUGCUCAUGCUCACAGCUACCGUCAUGUUUAUCAGGUGUUUAUGGAAAGCUGUCUGUAGACGUAAAGUUAAAGCUGACUAAGGAGUAAGGAAAUGUAUGUAUAAAGAUGUUGCCUAUAGGUAAAGCUCAACAUAAAGGAAUAUUUUGAAUUUUGUAAUUCAAAUUUGGCUUUUGUUCUAAUAAUAUUUAAACACGUUAAUUUUUUUUUUUUUUUUUUUCACUUAUAUUGUAAAUAGAAAUACCCUUCAAUCAAGUGAGUAUCCUUUUGGUAAUGUUCAAUUUACAAACUUUCAAAUCUGCAAAUCAUGCAUGUUUUUAAAGGGAUUGCCAUACACAGUUAUACAAGUUAUCAAUACAACAGUUAACAAUGCAAACUGUGAAAUAUGUGGUAAAUUUGUGCAUUAUGUGUUUAAUCUCAAUACGGUCACUAAUGUACAACCAUACUCAGCAAAUAAAACAAGUUCCAAUCAGA